UUCGCAUGAUCCACUGGGGCUGCAGCGUCUAAUGGAAGGCUUGGUCCUUAAAAUCCACCAAAAGAAAAUGGAGUUGUACAGAGAGACAGACAGCAACAAAGACAGGCAACGCAAGCGAUCUGCCAUUGCUAAAGAGAAGAGCAAACUAGAAGAGGCCAUAACAUCAUACAAUGCUCUGGUCUCAAAUGCAGAGGCUGUGGAUCCAGCAGACACCCUUUUAGCACAAGACUUUUCAAUUUGGCCUUGGGAAACAGAAUCCACUGUGCCCUUGAGACAAAAGAAGAUUGUGUUUGACAAGAUAAUGCUGUUGUCUCGUUUAAAAGAAGAAAAGACUAUUCUCAUUAAAGAGAUGAAACAACACUGGGAGUUACUGGCUGGUGUCUCCAAGACAUUAGGUGAUGAUAUAAAGUUGGUCAGAGGUGACUUGAAAGAAGGGAUCUGUCCUACUAACAUGUCUGUGGAGGCAUACGAGGGACUGUGCUGCAUUAUGUUGGCAAGAUUGAGUGACGUACAACAUCAAAUGAGUGAGGUGAAGUCAAAAUAUAGGCAGAUUGUGGUGGAUCCAAGUGUUCUCUCAAUUGAUGAGGAAGAUGGAGAAGCAGUUUGUGAGGAAUUUCCUUAUCUCCAUGAUGACAGUGAUUCAUCCGAUGAAGACUGAGUCGCCAUUUCUAUUGAGAAUGUGCUCUCUAAAAGCUCACCUGGUUAAAUAUAGGUUAAAUAGGGUGGUGAUGGCGCAGUGGAUAAGACACAUGCCUUUGGUGUGAGACCCGGGUUCGAAUCCACUGUGAGACACCAAUGUGUCCCUGAGCAAGACACUUA